AUGGGUCUCUAUGAUCUCAGCAAAGACUCCAUCUUUAUCACCUACAAUUACCGAAAUGGCAUUGCCGGUGUUGCUAACGGACCAACCUUUACUCACGAAGGAGGCGCCACCAAUGUUGCCGUUCGUGAUACAGAACAAGCCUACAUACGAAGCAGAAUUCUACGCUGGUCACUACAAUUGGACCGGACCAUUAGUCAUCACACACACGAGCUUCACGAGAAGAAUAGCGACGUUACAAGCGGUAUCAAUAGCACCGCUGAGGUUGCCGAUAGAAUACGCAUAUACUCCCCUGGGAUUACUGACACUGUCAUCAACGAAAUCCUCGCUCUCUAUCCCGAAAGUGAUUACGCCUCUCCCGGACUUCGCUUCUCAGACAUAGGGCAAAGCUUCGAAUGGACCUCACACAAUUUGGCUUUGACUUCACAACCAAACUUGGAAUGCAAUGGUUGCAUUAGCGCGGAUUAUGCAAAAGUAUCUUUUGUUUUCGCAUUGACUGGCAAUCCUAAUACCCUGUGGCCAAAUGACAAAAUGGAAUGGCCUUUAUACAACACCAGUACCAAUGGUGUGGAAAUUGUUUUCAAUACAACUAUGUACUUGCAAGCGGAUUCUUUAGCCAACGCCAAAUCUAGAUUUUGGAAUAAGGCUCUGUGGUACUAG